CUGGUGAGGCCCAAGCUUGCGCGACCCCACUACAACAUGGCGCCCCGCGCAUGACGCCGCAGACAUUGAACUUUCUGAGAAUACGAUAGCCAGAACACAGCGCUGCAGCACCUGAACGAUGGUGAUCAACUACAGCAAGUGGGACGCGCUCGAGCUCUCGGACGACAGCGACAUCGAAGUGCACCCCAACGUCGACAAGAAGUCCUUCAUCCGCGCCAAGCAGGCCCAGAUCCACCAGGAGCGCGACCACCGCCGGCACCAGAUCAAGACGCUCAAGUACGAGCGCAUCAUCAACGACGGCCUAACGGAGCGCAUCGACCGGCUGGUCACGGCGCUCAAGUCGCACAAGGACCAGGAUGGCGAGGGCAACACAGACGCGCUGGUUUUCCAGAGCAUGAUGGAGGGCAUGAUGGCCAGCGGCGAGGACCGCCCGCCGCCCGCACCGGAAGGUGUUCACGAGCACAUCAAGGACAAGCCCACGUACCCGCAGAUGAUGGCGAGCCUGGUUGACACGGUCAAGAAGGAGGUUGACGAAAAGAAGAUUACGGACAACCGGCUAGACGCCUUCAUCGCGGGGCUGGGCGAACACAAGGCGCGGGUUGAGGGUUUGCAGGGCCAGCUGCUGGCGAAGCUGGCCGAGCUUGAGGCCGAGGAGAAGAAACACAUCACCAGCGACGACAUCCGCGACGGCUUCAACUACUCCAACGUCAAGACGCCUGCGUCCUCGUCCUCGACCGCACCCAAGAAAGCCGAGCCGGAGCUCCUCAACCCAGCCGCUUCGCGCCCGACCGCCCAGCGAGCCGACACAGGGCAGUCCUCGGGCGCCGACGCCGACGUGGAAGACGGCCCCGCCCUCGACGACAACGGCGACGACGUCGAGGCCUCCCCAUUAGCAAAGGACUUCGCCAAGAUAAAGCGCGGCGACUGGUCCUCCUGCCUCUCCUUCAUCUCGUCCCACCCAGAGAUCCUCAAAGAGAAAGAAACCGACGGCCUCCUCGUCGAAGCCUUCAACGCCGAGCUCGAAGGCAAGCCCAAGCACGCCGCGCAAUGCGUGCACCAGGGCCUACUGCUGCAGUACUGCCGGCAGCUCGGUGGGAGAGACGGCGUCGCGCUGUUCUUCAAGCGCGUGCAGACCAAGGAUCACCAGGCGAAUAAGCUGUUUAAUGAUGAUGUCGACUCCACGUAUCGUCGUAUUCGCGACCGUGCCGCCGAAAUUAAGAAAGAGCGCGAAGAGAAUGCGGGUCAGGACGGCGUCGAGCAGAUCCAGCUGCACGCCGUGGACCCAGGGACCACGAUCAACAUCGCCGUCCCGCCCAAAGAGCCUACCUCCACCGAUGAAGCCGAGCGCGCAGCCGAAGUCGCGGCCCGCCAGAUCUUUGAGGCGUUCCCGCCGGGCCUGCAGCGCGCGCUGGAGAGCGGGAAGCUGGACGAGGUCAACAAGGUGCUGGGCAAGAUGAGUGUGGAUGAGGCGGAGGAGGUGGUGGAAAAGCUCGGGGAAGGGGGCAUGUUGAGUCUGGAGCAGGGGGUUGUGGAUGCGACGACAGAGGAGGGGCAGCGGGUUAUGGAGGAGAUUGAGAGGUCGAGGAAGAUGCCGGAUAGAGGGGCCGAGCAGGGACAGGGGCAGAGGCAGGAAAAGGAGUUGCUUGCAGUGGAUGAGGUUGAUUGA